CUGAUGAAGUGAAUGAGGCAGCCAGAAAGCUACUCCAUUCCCGUGGAAAACAGGAGUCCCUUGGUGCUGACGGCACUUCCUACUUUCCCAUGUGGUUCUUUUGUAUGACUUUGAGGGGCUCGUGAAUGAUUUCUGAACGUGUGCGUCUGCCUAGAGGAGCCGCACAGGGAGGGAGGAUCCCAGCUGAGCGGUGCCAGAGGAAGCCAACGCGAUCCUCGCAGUGCUGGAGCUGGCUCGCCUCUUGCAUGCAGUUUUUGAAGUCAGCAAAACAGAAAUCAAAUUACUAUCAUAUUAUGCUGGUGGAAGCUGAAGGAGCGGGGACUCUACACCAGCUUAAUUACUAUAAGAAAUGCAGCAAGUCACAGAAUAACAAGGGUAUUUCGUGUGUGGACCCCGAAGACAAAUGACCGCAUUUGUCUCCCCGAAUACCCAAAACUCUGCAACCUCUAUGUUAAAAAUUCAUUCUGCUCUUUUGCCCUUGCUUUGACGAAAAAUAAAAUAUAGCCAAACAGUGGACUCUCCUAAAAUUGCAAAGGAAGGAAACAUCAAGAGCCAUCAUAGUUCAGUUCUUUAACUAUCAUUGUAAUCAUGGGAGACCAAAAGCCAGCCAGAGGAGACCAGCGUGCACAUCAGCCCGGGUAUGACGGAGUGUGGGGACAUAAAGGUGAAUGGUGAGCAGAGGCUGUCACUUGUUAGUCCUUCUACACCUCAUCUGCCACAAGUUCCUGCUUAGAAAUGGAUAUUCUUUGUAAAGAAAAUACUUCUUUGAGCUCAACUACAAACUCCUUAAUGCAAUUAAAUGAGGACACCAGGCUCUGCAAUAAUGACUUUAACUCCGGAGAAGCUAACACUUCUGAUGCAUUUAACUGGACAGUUGACUCUGAAAAUCGAACCAACCUUUCCUGUGAAGGGUGCCUCUCACCACCAUGUUUCUCCUUGCUUCAUCUCCAGGAAAAAAACUGGUCUGCUUUAUUGACAGCUGUAGUGAUUAUUCUAACCAUUGCUGGAAACAUACUCGUCAUCAUGGCAGUGUCCCUAGAGAAAAAGCUGCAGAAUGCCACCAACUAUUUCCUGAUGUCACUUGCCAUAGCUGAUAUGCUGCUGGGUUUCCUUGUCAUGCCCGUGUCCAUGUUAACCAUCCUCUAUGGCUACCGGUGGCCUCUGCCUAGCAAGCUCUGCGCAGUCUGGAUUUACCUGGACGUGCUCUUCUCCACUGCUUCCAUCAUGCACCUCUGUGCCAUCUCGCUGGAUCGCUACGUUGCCAUCCAGAAUCCCAUCCACCAUAGCCGCUUCAACUCCAGAACUAAGGCAUUUCUGAAAAUAAUUGCUGUUUGGACCAUAUCAGUAGGUAUUUCCAUGCCGAUACCAGUCUUUGGGCUACAGGAUGACUCCAAGGUCUUUAAGGAGGGGAGUUGCUUACUCGCAGAUGAUAACUUUGUCCUGAUCGGCUCUUUUGUGUCAUUUUUCAUUCCUUUGACCAUCAUGGUGAUCACCUACUUUCUAACCAUCAAAUCACUCCAGAAAGAAGCUACUUUGUGUGUGAGUGAUCUUGGCACACGGGCCAAAUUAUCUUCUUUCAGCUUCCUCCCUCAGAGUUCCCUGUCUUCAGAAAAGCUCUUCCAGCGGUCGAUCCACAGGGAGCCAGGGUCCUAUGCAGGCAGGAGGACUAUGCAGUCCAUCAGCAACGAGCAAAAAGCGUGCAAGGUGCUAGGCAUCGUCUUCUUUCUGUUUGUGGUGAUGUGGUGCCCCUUCUUCAUCACGAACAUAAUGGCCGUCAUCUGCAAAGAGUCCUGCAAUGAGGAUGUCAUCGGAGCCCUGCUCAAUGUUUUCGUUUGGAUCGGUUACCUUUCCUCGGCAGUCAACCCGCUCGUCUACACACUGUUCAAUAAGACAUACAGGUCGGCCUUUUCACGGUAUAUUCAGUGUCAGUACAAGGAAAACAAAAAACCACUGCAGUUAAUUUUAGUGAACACUAUACCGGCUUUGGCCUACAAGUCUAGUCAACUCCAAAUGGGACAAAAAAAGAAUUCAAAGAAAGAUGCCAAGACAACAGAUAAUGACUGCUCAAUGGUUGCUCUAGGAAAGGAACAUUCAGAAGAUGCUUCUACAGACAAUAUAGACACAGUGAAUGAAAAGGUUAGCUGUGUGUGAUAGGCUAGUUGCCAUGGCAAUUGUAGAGGACACAUGAAGCCAGAUUUCAUCUACCUGGAUAAAGAGAGAGAGACUGGGAAAAUAUUAGGCCAGGCUAGUGGAACCGACAAUAAUAUCUAUAUGCCUCAUCUUAUUCUGUCAAUGAAAAGCAGGGUUAAAUGCUACAAAAUGUGCACUUUGAAAAUGUUCUGACAGCAUUUCAGCUGUGAGCUUUAUGAUACUUAUUUUUAACACUGUAAAUUAUGUAUCUUUAAAAUAAUUAUCUUUUUUUGUAUAAUUAUGAGGCCCUAAAUAAAUCGAAAUUAACUUCUAUUUUCAAAUGGAAACCUUGCUGCUAUGUUGUUAAUUGAUGGCAUGGGAUUGAGUUGGUGACCUAUUGCUGUAAAUAAAAAUAGCUAUGAAUAGUGAAAAAUGUGUUGAAUGUAAUGGCCUCUUAAAUAAAGAAAAAUUAUCUUUAAAA